UCGAGAAACACACAUGGGGGAUGUUGGCACUGCCGUUUCCCGAGUCGAUUCAGGACGUAAAUACUGGUGUGGAACAGGCUUUUAGGUGGACCGACGUGGCUGAUGGGGCUAUGUUGCCGGUGCAUGCGUUCUGCGUGGAGCAGAAACCCGCGGCUCCCGAUCCCAACCUCCGGGAGCUGGAAUUCCUCAAGCCCAGCUACACGAAGACGCACAAUGUUCGCAUCCACAGUUGUAGCCCGAGGAAAAGGAUUACUCUGUACCGGGCUUCCAUCGACGGGAUGGCCUGUUUCCGGCACUAUCGUCAAGAUAAGGAUGGGUUGAAGAUUGUCUCGGAGAUGGAUAGGCCUUUUCUGGAGGAUGACCUGCUCGCCACGGCGUGGUUUCUUCCCUUGCAUCAUGUGAACAUGAAAGCCGGAGUUUUGGGGAGACGAUGUCUUGCACUGCUGGGCUUGGGGGAUAAGGACUCAAUUAGGGACCGAGCUGAGGCAGGCUUUGGGGGUACUAUUGAUAUUAGGAGCAUUGGGUCGGAGCAGGUAGAGGUUGAUGAGCUUCUGUUAACUCCACCUGUGCAGUAACUCGGUUCUCACAAGACUGCGUCGUUGCUGUCGAAUCCUG